CCUGGGUCUAUCAUUUCCCUGGACGGAGAGACAGAGAGAUGGCGGAGUCGAGGGUGAAAGAAGAGGCUUUGCAGAUAAUAGGGCUGUGCCAAGUGUUGCCUCGAUUGGUCGUCUUCGAUCUCGACUAUACUCUCUGGCCUUUCUACUGUGAAUGUCGUUCCAAACGCGAAAUGCCUUCUUUGUAUCCCCAUGCUGAAGGCAUAGUAUAUGCCCUCAAAGAGAAGAGAAUUGAUAUGGCUAUUGCUUCUAGAUCACCAACUCCGGAUAUAGCAAAAACAUUUCUUGACAAAUUGGGCAUCAAGUCAAUGUUUGUAGCCCAGGAGAUAUUUUCCAGUUGGUCACACAAGACAGAGCAUUUCCAGAGAAUUCAUAGGAGGACUGGGGUGCCCUUUAACUCCAUGCUCUUUUUCGAUGACGAGGAUAGGAAUAUUGAAUCGGUUUCCAAAAUGGGAGUAACAAGCAUUUUGGUAGGCAAUGGGUUAAAUAUUGGAGCAUUAAGGCAAGGGCUCACGAAAUUCUCUCAGAACUCGGCUUCAUCUGGAAACACCAAACAGAACUGAAGGCUGUUUUGGAAAAGAUUGUUCCCAGCUGUAAUUCUUAUAUGUGGUUGCUUAUGGCAUAUACGUAUUAUAUGGUCUUAAAAUUCCAAUUACACUCUAAAAUCAUAUGAAGCUUAGCAUGCUAAAGUCAUAAUGACAACACUCAACACCAUUGGUAUUCUAUCUUUCCUUUGUUUCUCUGCACUUUGACCAAUUAUUGUGAUUCAAAAACAA